ACGUUUCAUCUUACUAUCAUAAACUUCAUACCAUCAGACACAUCAUGAACUUCAUCUUCAACAGAAAAUGAAACUCAAAAGUAUGUUAGUAUUUAUUAGUUGUAACUUUUAGCCUUUGUGCUCCUGAGCUUCAGCUUGUUUUCACCUUUUCUCCUCUCUGAAUGAGAUUCUUAAAAUGAGGACUAGUAACUGAACAGUGAUGAAUUACUUGCAUUUCAAACAAUUACUAAAAGUGUAUAUAUUUCAAGCUUUUUAAUCAACUAAAAAUCAUAAUAUGAAAGGCUUUUAAAACAGCUUUUAAUACAGCUAGAUGUUUUAUCUUCUAAUUAAUUUAGAAAAUAUAACUAAAAGUGUUGGAGUGUCUCGCUGGCUGUUGGAGUGGAAAGCACAUACACACUUGCUCCUAUGUCGCGACCAGGCAGGAAGUACAUGUGCAGUGAACAUCAUCUUCUUUCUCGUCAGGCUAAAUGUAGUGACGGGGGACGAGCAAUCAACCGUGGGCUUUUACCCCACACUCGUUGGGUUUUUUUUUUAGGUGAACUUGUCAUGCUGUCCAACCAGCAGGAACAAACGUUUCUUUCAUCAUGAGCACAGACAAACAUACUGAUUUCACUGCCCAAGAGGGAGACACGAUGGACACUUACAGCGAGGUUGCAGAUCUGAAGCCACACAGGGAGGAGGAGGAGGAAGAAGAGAGGGAGGAUAACUCGAGUAGUGAGAAUGGAGUGCAGGGUGGAGAAAGUUCGACCACUUCACGUGCAAUAAAAACCGAGGCAGAGGAAAUGAAAGAUAACAAUGAUCUGUACCAUGAGGCUGAAAAAGAGAGAGAAAUUGUGCCGAAAGAUGCGGCAGAGGGGGGCCACGAGGAGGAGAUGGAAGAAGGGUUAGAUGAGGAGGAGACAGGUGAUGACAGAGACAGGGAUGAAGAGGGAGAUACCCUGAGUGAGCCAGAGGACCUCUCGCUGGUCUACUCGCACUACGAUGGCGCCGCUCUGCCGGAUGCCCACGCUGCAGAACCAUCGGCUGAAUCAGAAGACGCCUAUGUGCCCGGAGCAUCAGGGUCUCGCAUCCAAACAACAGGCAAGCUCAACUGUGACAUCUGUGGCCUGUCCUGCGUCAGCAUCAACGUCCUGAUGGUGCACAAGCGCAGCCACACGGGUGAGAGGCCGUUCCACUGCAGUCAGUGCGGAUCCUCCUUCACCCAAAAGGGAAACCUGCUUCGCCACAUCAAACUGCACUCCGGGGAGAAGCCUUUCAAAUGCCCUAUGUGCAGCUAUGCCUGCCGUCGCCGAGACGCUCUUAGUGGGCACCUGCGCACCCACUCUGUGGAGAAGCCCUUCAAGUGUAACCACUGCAAUCGGAGCUACAAGCAACGCAGCUCGCUGGAGGAACACAGAGAGAGGUGCCAUGUAUACAUUCAGAGCAGCGGUAUGAAGGCUGAGAGAGAGGACAGCCAGACAUCCAGGACUCAGAUGGGCACUGAGCGUGCUCUGCUGCUCGACAGGCUUGCAAACAAUGUGGCCAAACGGAAGAGCACGAUGCCACAGAAGUUCACUGGAGACAAUGGCGUUUGUCUGGACUUGAGCUUUAAGAGGGAACUGAUCCAUCCCUCUGACAUUAAGGACCCUCCACCAGGCUCCCCUGGGCUGGAAGCCUACCACCACCAGCAACAACCUGCUGUCCAUCCAGGGCCUGACAGUGACUCGGCUCCUUCCCUCAGGCCCUACCCUAUUUCAAUAGGCCGCAGCGACAUAACCCCCAUUGGCCUCACUAACGGCCACAAGAUGAGUAUGUCGUUCCUGGGCCACCCUCAUGCGCCACAGCCCCCCCUCAGCAUCGACUCGUUCCACACAGACGGCUCCCAGAUGUCCCAGCCCAUCAUGUACAGCUUAGGACACUUGCUGGGGGGAGGGCUAAACCACCAGAACGGCCUCCCCCACCCACACGCUCAGCCCAUCCCUUUAUCCCCACUGGAGGCGCUAAGGGUAGUGCGAGCCGACGGGGAGGCGGGACCUCUGCCUGGAGCGGUGUACCCCUGUGGUCACUGCAGGGUGAUCUUUCUGGACUAUGUCAUGUUCACCAUACACAUGGGCUGCCACGGCUUCCGCGAUCCGCUCGAGUGCAACGUGUGCGGCCACCGCAGCCGGGACCGUUACGAGUUCACUUCCCACAUAGCCCGUGGGGAGCACCGCCUAGAACUGAAGUAGUUUUUCAUUUAAUGCUUAUACACUCACAUACGUAUGAGCACACUCUCAGGUUUACUCAUACAAGUAGCUGAUAGUAUCAAAAAUGAAAGCAUGGAGUAGCAGCCAUUUCUCUUUGUGUCUGGUGUAUGUGCUUGAUAUGAGUGAAUGUGUGUAACCGAGACAAAAUGAGAGAAGUUCUAGGUGUGUGAGAGGUGUCAGGGUUCUUAGUCAUACUGUAUUCAUCUGAGAAGAUAGCCUGUAAAGUGUUAAUAGGAGGGGAGGAAGUGUACUUUAUUUUCAAACGUACUUUUGUAUUUGAUGAUCCCUGUUCUUUUUCCAAAUCUUUAACAUAGUAGCAGAAAUUGUUGCAUUUAUUGAGUGUCUGCUCGAUUUCUUUUUUCCUUUUAUCUCAGUUAAAUUGCAAAAAGAAAAUGUGUUUUCCUACAUCAAACAUAAGGCAACACCUUGUGUGAGAGAGCUUCUCUAAAAAAAAUAAAAAAAACUUGUCAGUUCAAGAUUGCAGAAAAAAAUCCCAUUAUCUAUAAGGUCACAUGCCUCUUUUUAGUUCUGUGGUUUUGAGUGCAGUUCAUUGCUUCAAAAGACUUCACUUCCCUCUGCACCAUCUGAUGUUUUCUCUCUCCAGAAUAGUUACAUGUUUAACCCUUGCGCAAGUUGGAAAUGGCUCACCGCUUUGCAGAGAUGAACUGUUACGCACUAUUACAUAGGGCAGAGAUGUAAAUUCAGUGUAAAGUGUUUUUAUGAUGAAGAUCAGCAUCAAACCAUUUGCAUAAAAAAAAGCUUUGUAUGAAAUGAGUUUGAACGUCAGUCUACACUUCUCUUUCUGAUGAAACUUGUCUUCUCAUUUCAAGAUUUGAAAAUCCUGGCUGCUUCAAAAAUGAAUGUCAGUGGCUCAGAAGUCCUUUUACUCUAACAUCCAUCUGCUGGGGGGAAGCGUGUAACUGCAUGACGGAAUUAGUUUAUAUGUGCGUUCCUUACACAGAAUCACUCCAGAGCAGGGGAUCGCAAAGGUUGUCGGACUGUUGAGGGCAUUUAAAAAAAGAAUUAAGCUACUUAUUUGGAAUUGCCUGAAUAUUUUUAAAGUAUUUAUUUAAAGGGGGAUAAACAGGGGCAUGUGCUGAUGGGUGGCCGGGGUUGGGUUAUAUUAGAUAUGAUCGCUGAAGUUAGAAAGGGAAGAUCAUUUAUAUUUAUUUGUGUGUUCGUGCGCACAUCACACUUGAGGCCACCCCUGCAUAAGUCAGUGCUCUAGGUGAGCCACCCAGUCAAAAAAAGUCUGGACACGCCCCUGGUGAUAAGCAUGUUGUCAAUUUAGCUAAUACAAGCACUUGUUUUGAAAGAACUAGGGUAAGAAAAAAAACAAACACGUUGACAAAAUGUAUUCCCAGAAACAAAAAACAGCUUACUCACAGUAUCAUCAUCACAGAACCAUGAACAAAACUUGUUUCAUAUCACAUGGCUAGCUACUUGUCAAUCACAAGGCCCACCAUAAAGCACACCCUGCUUUUUCAUCUGUUUUACUGUAAUUUGGACCACAAUUGACUAAAUAAACAUCAUGCUGUAUUGAUUAAAAUGGGAAACUAUCUUUUGAGACAAUGAACUCAUCUGCAAAAAAUUUUGCUGGGUUAAAAAAUCCAGUGAGUAGUAGGGUAAUUUUCUCAUUUAUUUGCAUACAAUCUGUCAUGUUUUUUUGAAGAAAUGGAGUAACCCCCUACUGGCCAAAUGAAGGAAUGCAGCUUAAGGAACUUUUACAUGGGCUUUGUUUAAACACUCAGGGGACAUACACUGCUAUACAAUCUAUGACAAGAAAACUCAAUGAUUUUUAUCAGUAGCUCCACUCUUCCCACUCGGCUCUCAACUCACCCACAGUAUUCAAAAAGUUUGUCUGCCAAUAAAAACUCCACUUGUGGGAUUUAUUCUGAGUAAGGUCAAAAAUGAAGGUAAAAAUGUUAUUGUUGGAGUUUUAGUCAUGACAAAUUUUUGGAAUUUUUUUCUGAUUGAUUAAGGGAAAUUCUGGUAAAUGCAUAAAAAUGGAUUCGUAGCCUGGCAGUGCAUAGAGCUGUGUGUCAUAAUAAAUGUGGAUGCACUUCACUCACAUGACACUGAAGGGACUCGGUCACACCUUGUUGCCUUUCAGACCAGAAAAGGGUGUUAGCUUCAUCCAGCUGCUACCACACUAUCUGUGUUCUCCAUCAGCGCCAGUUCCCUUUUCUCUCUCUUUGGGGUUGAAGAGAAGUGACACUUGUGAGACAAACUGUCAUCACAGCUUCGUGUCCACAUGUCGGAGUAAAAGCCAAGUCAUCCAUCUUAGAAGUAAUAAUUGGCCGCUUCACUUUUCUGAGUAGUGUUUUGAGGAAGAGUGCGGGUUUAUCUGAACAAGUUUAAGGUUAAAAAUAAAGGCGGGUUUGUUUUUUUGGUAAUUGAGGGGAAACUAAAAAAUGAAAGACUAUUUCUAACACAUAAAACAUCUAAACAUAAAAAUGAUUGUCUGGGAAAAGUGAAUGGGACUUGUGAUUCAAAACCCUGCUUUUGUCCAAACUAUAACUGUGUUUCUGAAGUUUCAUUUAAAAAAACCUGCCUGCUGUUUUUCAGACAGGAGUCACGAAGCAGGUCCAUUCAUACUGAGAGAGUAUGGUGACAUCUGCCGAUGGAAUAAUUAGUCAUCUAAACAGCCAAAAAUCAAAAUGACAACCAUCAUGAUAUACUUUGACGGGAACAAAUACAAAACUGUGUAAAUAAGUGACGUCAUUGUCGAUUCAUAACUGUUGAUGAGAAAAUGCAUGAUUAAAGGAUGUUUCAGGAA